AUGACAACCUGGUUUUUCUGGAACGGUGAAGCAGGGAAGCAGGACCACAGGGACGAAAAGUCUCAGUUUCUGGGCAUUAUUCGCCGGUACCCGGGCAUUUGCCCCACUGGCAAAAUGGCGGAGGGUGUGUAUGAGUGUAUGUCGCAGUUGUCAGGGCUAUGUUAUCACAACAGGACCCACCACCCUGAUGUCUUUGCAGCUCAGAAUCACUGCUCCUCCAAGUUCUCUUCCCUGCGGUGCAGCUGCUGUGACAAGACCUUUACCAGCACUGCUGCUCACCAAAAGCAUGUCAAGGCAGACCAUGCAGAUGUGAAGUUCCAUGAGUGUGAGUCAUGCAUGGAGCUGUUCCCCAUGCUGGCUCUCCUGCAGGCAGUGAAGUGCAGGCACUCAGCUUCCCAACCAUUGUGCUGCUCAUACUGCUUCAUGGCCUCCCUCCCUGGGGCCCUGCAGAGCCAUGUCACCAGCCAGCAUUUCACACAAGAUAGCACCUUCAUGGGUGAGCUCUUCCCCUCCCAGGGCAAGCUGGAGGGGCAUCUCAGCACUGGGUAUCCCAAGGUGACCUUCUCCCAAGCCACCACUGCCCAGAUUGUGCAGAUAAGGACUGCUUUGAUCAGAUGGAACUUGUUUUUCACCGAGUGCAGGAAUAUCCGGACGUGUCUGCCGGCAUCAGCCCAGCCCGUGCUUCAGUCUGAUGUGCUGCUGACAGCGCUGGGCGGCUGCUCUAGCCCUGGGCCCGGCAAGGGCAGCCUGGCGGCCCCGGCAUGGCGCUGCCGCUCACCCCGGGCUCUGUCCCCCACUGCAGCGCCCGUCCGUCAGCCCAUCCUCGGGCUCUGCCUCUGA